GUGAGGUGCUCUGGGUAGGAUUUGGUACAGAUCGUGUGCUUGUGCUCUGCGAAGGAUGCAACAGGAUAUUCUGCUCGCACAGGAGAGGUUGCUCUCUUCACCGUCCCCGUAGUUUGUGGACCGAGGCGCUGGCCUGUUGCUAGGAGACCUUUUGACAGCUGGGAGCUUUUUUUCUUAUUAUUUUUCUUCAAAGUGACACUUAAUGCACUAAGGGUAUCUGCUUAUCUGGCAACCCAAACCUUCCCUCCUCCUCCUCCUCCUCAAUUCAGCUCCCUCGCGCGCUUUUCGUGCGUAAAUCCUAAUUGUCUUCUGUGCGUAAAAGACAACAUUUGCACUGUGGUCGUUUUCGGUCAGGAGAUUACAGUGUUUUGCAGGGAACAAUGGCCUAGUUGUUGCGAUUAUCAGAUCCUAAAUUUAUCCGCCUUCCGGACGUGUUUAACCUCUCCCACUGCUCAUUUUUUCACUUGGCUGAUGUAUGUGCCCAGUGAGGAGACUACAGUCCUCAGGAGCCACAUAGCACCUCCCCUCCACCUCCAUCUUAACUUCCUUUGUAAGAGGGUAUGCCUUCUGAACCGAGCCUCAGUAGGGAGAUGCUGACAGGACAGAGGCUCUGCCAGUCAAAGUCGCACCAGGAUUCGGUCCUCUCUGCCCUCAACCAGCAGAGGAAGGAUGGCCUGCUGUGUGAUGUCACUCUGGUUGCCGGUGAGCAGAAGUUCCACGCCCACAAAGCCGUCCUAGCAGCGUGCAGCGAUUACUUCAGGGCCAUGUUCAGCCUGUGCAUGGUGGAGAGCGAGGCAGAUGAAGUGACUCUGCAGGGAGUGACCAGCGUCGGACUGAAGCACGCUUUAGAUUUCGCUUACACUGGACAGAUUCUGCUGGAGCCAGCAGUGAUCCAGGACGUCCUGUCUGCAGGCAGCCACCUUCAGCUGCUGGAGCUCCUCAGCCUCUGCUCACACUACCUCAUCCAGGAGCUGAGCAGCGUCAACUACCUGGAGCUGUACCGCGUGGCUGACUUGUUCCACCUCCCCACCUUAGAGGAGGCUGUGGUGGGCUUCCUGGUGGAGCAUCUGUCUGAGCUGAGCCAGAGCCGCCAGGACGAGGCCCUGCAGCUGCCCUACCGCCUCCUCAGGGAGGUGCUGAAGAGCGACCGUCUCACCUCUCUGAGCGAGGAGGAGAUUUGGAAGCUGGUUGUUCUGUGGCUCGAGCACGACUGUUGCUACCAGUACACCGAGGACCUUCUGCAGCACGUCCGCUACGGACUGAUGGACGUCCCCACACUGCACCACCUUUCGCGUAGCCAUCCUCUGGUCCAGUCUAGCCCUACCGCUGCAGCUCUGGUAGAUGAGGCCUUGGACUACCACCGCGCCAUCUUCGCUCAGCCCCUCCACCAGUCAGCCCGCACCAGACCGCGCUUCCAGUCCCUCACCCUCUACAUAGUUGGAGGUCGGAAGCGGGAGGUGAGCAGAGUCCGGGAGCUGCGGUAUUUCAACCCAGCUGUGCAGGAGCACGUGCGAGUGGCGGGCGGGUCGAACUGGAGCGAACUGGUCCCCAUGCCUACUGGACGCAGCCACCACUGCGUGGCUGUAAUGGGGAACUUCCUGUUUGUCGUAGGUGGAGAGAUGGAGCACGCCACUGGGAGGACAUGUGCAGUAAGGACCGCCUGUAGAUAUGACCCCAGGGGCAACCGUUGGACUGAGAUUGCCCCCAUGAAGGCAUGUAGGGAACACUUUGUCCUGGGAGCUCUGGGGCAGUACCUGUACGCAGUGGGAGGCAGGAAUGAGCUGAGGCAGGUGCUGCCCUCUGUGGAGCGUUACUGUCCCAAGAGGAACAAAUGGAUGUUCGUCCAGCCCUUUGACCGCUCGCUGUCCUGCCACGCCGGCUGCGUUGCUGACAACCUGCUCUGGGUGUCAGGUGGGGUGACAAACACGGCUCAGUACCAAAACCGGCUGAUGGUUUACGACCCAGAACAGGACCAGUGGUUGGCCCGCAGUCCCAUGUUGCAGAGGCGAGUAUACCACGUCAUGGCGGCGGUGAGGAGGGAACUGUACGUGUUAGGUGGGAACGACCUGGAUUACAACAACGAUCGCAUCUUGGUCCGCCACAUCGACUCCUAUAAUAUGGACCUGGACCAGUGGACGCGGUGCUCAUUCAGCCUCCUCACAGGUCAGAACGAGUCUGGAGUAGCGGUCCACGAUGACAGGAUCUAUGUAGUUGGAGGAUACUCUAUUUGGACCAACGAGCCUCUGGCAUGCAUUCAGGUGCUGGAUCUUAGCACGGAGGGAAAGGAGGAGGUUUUCUACGGGCCAACGUUGCCGUUUGCCUCCAAUGGGAUAGCGGCCUGUUUCCUUCCUGCUCCUUACUUCACCUGCCCAAACCUACAAACUCUACAAGUACCCCAUCACAGGAUAGGUGCUGUUUAAACCACUCCUUUACAAAACGUGAGGAAACCAGAACAUGUGACCAGAGGAUGGAGCACUUUCAGAUAAACUCUCUUUUUUAUUUAAUUUUUUUUUUUUAAAGUGCUCGAUUAUUGGACUCAAUCUGAAACACGCCAUCUCUGACACCAAAAUGUAAUAAUAAUAUUUUCCUGACAAGAGCCAUGCUAUUUAAGCUAUUUAAACUUCUAGGAACAAUCUGCGUUCACAACAAUAAAGCAUUUUUUGGUUGUAUGUUUCCAAAGACUGAAACAUCAUGACCACUGAAGACAUAAGGAGCAAGUGGGAACAUAAAUCUUGCAGGAAAGGGACAGGAGAAAAAGAAAAAGACAGUCAUCCUAACUGUUAAUAAAGACGUGGAAAGAAGAUAUUGCUGACCUGCUCAACUGUCCUCAAGAUAAUAAUGAAACUGCAGUUUCUGUAACCCAUUAAAGUACUGUAGGAGCAUUUCUAGCUAGAACUGCUGUAUAACACUUCCACGUGAUCCCUAUAAUCACUUCGGUGGCCUGAAGAACAGCCUGCUUUCUAAUCACCUGUGCUGGUACUUGGGUUCGUAGGUAAAUAACCAUGCCAUCUUUUUCAGUUCAAAUAAGAUAACAAAAAAAAAACGACCUGUGUGAGUCCGACUGUUAAUACACUCAGGACCUAAGACUGUGGUCUAAUGAAUGUCUAGUCCCAUCUGCGUGCAUACGUACCAUAUACUGAAUAAUGCUGAUUGUCCAAAACAUACUUCUGACCAAAACAAACCCCCGUUUGUCUGUCGAAAAGAAAGGUGUUGAAAACCUGGAAAAUUUGCAGAAUAAAGAUGCAAACAGAGAAUUGAAAAAAGGCGCAGGAGUGUGUUCUGUCAAGAGCAGUAGUAGUUCUAAGAGUUCGGGGGGUGAGGAUGACUGCUCUUCAGUGGGAAUUAUUUAGCAGCAAUAGAUAAUU